UGUCGACUUUAUAUGCGGUUGCCUGGCGAAGAGAACCGGAAAGCCCGAAGAACCGGUACUGAGAUCAGGGAUGGUGAGGCCAAAAUACACUUUGUCAUCAUCAUCACUAACUGACAAAUGUAUCGAAAUCCCGAAGUAGAUCAAGAAACUUAACGGAAGACGGUCUAUUGCGCGUUUGUUUGUUUUUAUCUGAUAAAGCUCGGGAGGUAAUCGCCUCCAAAUCUAAAGAGAUGCGAGCAUCUUUCAUGAUCUACAUGUAGAUCAACUAAGACGAGAGGUAUCCACAGAUUGUGAGCUAUCCCUGUGCUAUCUGACUGAAACUAAACGGAAAUAUAGCUCUACUGCAUAGCGAUAUGGUGGUGCUGCCAGCUUCUGAGUCUAUUCCUGCGCCGGAGUUGUGUGGAACAUUUACUGGAGGAGAGUGGUGAUCAGCGCACCGAAUUACCGUAUCCCCGCGCAGCAGUCCGAGAGAGGGAGCGAAGAGAAAGCUGCUUGUGAGCCUGCCGUGACCGAGUCACGGACGAGGGGGUGAAGUGGUAGUGGGAAUGCCAGCACUUCAAACGAUGGGGGUUUAACAGCCCCGCUUCAUACGGAGGCACCCCACACUUAAAUUUUGACCCAGCACUGAGUCCUUUUCCACGGGCGGGAUCAUCUAUGUUUCCCCUUCACCUGACCGACUGACUAGUAUUUGUAUUCGUCCCAGCUAUUUCCGAAGCGAACUAAAGGGGGAUAUAUUUUGUGUUUUUCACAAAACAGCCUAUUUUUUCUUAUUUUUUAUUUUUUUGGGGUGGGGGUGGGGGGUGAGAAGCAUUGCACUGGAUGGGAGCAGAAUAGAAGGCUGUGUGUGUCUCUGAAGACUUCUGACUUAUCUCCUGGGGUGUUUGAAUUAAGUCGUCGCCACUCACCAGCCAGGAUGCAGCUUCUCAGAGUUGCCUGGGCUUUAGCCGGAGCGGCAAUCUGUUGUUUUGUUAUUCUUCUCAUCCACUCACGCUUGCUCAAAGAAGGUCAACUGGCGGCGGGGACAUGUGAGAUUGUGAUGCUGGACAGGGACAGCAGUCAGCCCAGGCGGACCAUCGCCAGACAGACUGCACGGUGUGCCUGUAAGAAGGGACAGAUCGCUGGGACGACAAGAGCCAUGCCAGCCUGUGUGGACGCUAGUAUCGUCCGGACCAAACAGUGGUGUGAGAUGGUCCCAUGUCUGGACGAUGAGGGCUGUGACCUGUUAAUCAAUAAAUCUGGAUGGACUUGUACACAACCAGGAGGCAGAGUCAAAACCACUACGGCUCUAUGACGUGACUGGAGUCCCUGUGGGUCCUCCAUUCCGCUGACAGUACCAUGGCGGAGGAGAGCAUUGAUGACCAUGACAGACAGCCUCAGACCAUACCACCAACCACCACCACCACCACUGGUCCAUUACUACAGACAUGAACAACCUACACAACCAACUCUAAACCACGGUGGGCAUAAUCCACAAAGCAAGGUCUCUUAAACACAGUCAACGGCAGCCAAUACUGGAGUGUUUGAGGGCACUUGAAGUCGAGAGCGAGGUCUCAUCUUUGACUCUGGAGAAGCUUUUUCAUGUUUCCUGUGCCCUGACUCCUGGCUCCACCCCUCUGCGGCUCCGACCAACCAAUGACCAUCUGCUGUAGAUAACCCACUGUCUGUCAUUGGAUCAACAUGUCCCGUCUGCCCCCUUCUAUUAGCGUCCGUCUGCUUUGUAAAUGAGCAGAACCCUCUAGUGCCGUGGAGGUCCGGUUUCCGCCAGCGCCUUGUCCAGAGAGGGAGAGAGUGGUAUCUAUGGAGCCAUUUAGAUUGACUACUUGUACUGUUCAGCUACUGUCUGUUCAGUGGACAGAGGACUCCCUCUUACUUCAACCAUACCUGCUUCUGUUAGACUGCAAUGGGACAGAGAGACGUAUUCCAAAGAACAGGAUUAUUGUGAACCUGGCCCGAGGCGUUCUGAUGUGUCUGACCUAGCGGCAGACUAUGGACUGGACCAAACGUUGGACUGGAUUUAUCCAGACUAUGGACCAGACUGGACCAGAUGACAUGCUCACUGCUCGCCCUGUGCUCUGCUGUGAAUAGGCCUUCUGCUGGAGUACACCUUUGGCACUCUCCAUAUUUUUAUAGACCAAAGAGGAAAAAAAGAACAGUUUAUUGUAAGACGAGAUGGACCAGAUUAGGAAAGAGAAAUGGAUACUUGUUUUUCUCGCUACACAACGACGACUGCCCUCAUUAGCUGUAGAUGUUGGGCUUUAUGUCAUUCUGAACAUAGACUAUAGAGUCUAGUGGGACACGUAUACAAUCAAAGGAGUUACCUUUAAAAACUUUGCGGACAUUUUUUUUCUCCGACUAAACCCACCACUGUAUUUUGAAACUGGAGAUAUAGGUAAACAUACAUCUAUGUAUUUAAAAAAAAAUCUGAUUUGCAUUUUUCAAAAGCUACAAAUUGGGACACAUUGCAAUAAGCAUGGUUGGUAAAAACGGUAAAAGAGCAAAACUACUGAUCAUCAUUGAGGCUAAAAGAGAACAUUGAAUCUGUCAUUCCUGAUUUGAGGCUGGCGGGUGGUGGAAAGACACAUUUCAUGAAAUGUAUUUUGAAAGGCCUAAAACGUAUAUAUUUAACAGUUUUAUAUGUUGUACCUUUGUAGAGAACCUUAUUCGACAUGAAUAACGUGGUCACAAACUGGCAGCCAUAGAACGUGAAAAACAAGCUCUCUAAUGCUGGUUUGUCCUGCUCUCUUUCUGUUCUCAUGACAAGUAAGCUCCUCCCCUCUCACACCUCUAAUCUCCCAAACUAUCAAUCACAGAUAAAAGAAAAAAAAAUGCUCUUGAGUUAUGUUUAAAUAUUUAAUGGUCAUGUUUUACAGAUGCCUGUGAGAGUGUCUUGCAGUGUACGGUUUUAAUGUGGUUAACAACUCUGACACAGCAUAAACAAUCUGACUGAACCCUCAAUGCAACUGAUUGAAUUCCAGGCCUGAGAGUCACUAUCUAUCAAAAAUUGAACUCAUCACAGACAGAGAUUUUGUCACUUUAGUCAAUGAGCAGCCUUUGGAACCUGCUGAUUGCUGCAGUAUUGCAUUGUAAAAGGCGUGGAUUACUUACUCAUUUCUCUAUAAUGUCUAGUUUAUUUCUUUGUGCUUUUGUGUCUGUCGCACAAUGCUGACCUCUAGUCCUGAGAGACGAAGAUGAUGAUGACACGCGAAGAAGGGAGGCAUUGUGGGAAAAGUUUUAGAAUCAUUUACAUGAGACACUUUUUUUAUCAUGAAAUAUUUUAAGAAUAAAGGAAAUACAUGAAAGAACCAUCACUUGCUAAUAUAGACGCUUUGGUUUUCAAAGUCAUCCAAUUUAUUCAAGGAAGUAAGGUUUAUCAAACCUCAUUUUGUAUUACGUUUAUUUAAUUAUUUUGUUCUAUAUGCCAAAAACUGACAGCCAGAAAUACUUGUUUAUUUUCUUCUACACCAUCUACUUUAAAAAGUGUCUAAUUGUCCACAUGUAAGUUCCUCAUACAUAUCUAAUAGGUACACACCUGAUAUACAUAAGUAAACCAAAUCAAAUGAUUUAUUGACAGUCUCAAUGGGAUUUGAUUACACUAACAUAUGCAUAUGAAUGUAUUGAUACAGAGCUGAUUAAGGCAUUUGCUCAGACAGUUAGGACAGAAAUGACAGUUUGGCUGACUCCAUAUGUGUAUGCUGCUGGCUGUAUGUAUUAUGGUGGAAUGG